CGGCUGCUGCUGCUGGCGGCCGGCGGGCAGCGACCGGGCCGGGCCGAGCCGAGCCGAGCGCUGCAGCUGGAGGGGCAGCGGUUUGAGCUGGGAGCCCCGUUCCUGUGCAGUGGAGCAGGUUCAUCUGCACUGCGGGUUCCCUGGAGUGGAUGUACCCCACACGAGCCCUGCGUGUUGUCCUGGAGCCCAACCUCUCCAGUGCCCACCACAUCACUGUCUGCAUCAAGCCUGCCAGUGACUUCCAGGGUGCCAGCAUCUAUGUGGAAUGUGCUGGGCAGCUGCAUCUGGUGGUGAGCGAGGCAGAAGGGGCUCAACCCCACCACGUGUCUUGCUUCAGUGCCCACAAGCCACAACGGGUGGCCCUCUUCCUGCAGGCCAGCCUGCAGAGGGACAUCAGCCGUCGGAUGGACAGCUUCCAGUAUGAGCUGCUGAGCAACCAGAGCACUGCGAGCCCCAGCUUAAAACAGAUGGCACUGGUCAAAGGUAUGUGCCGUCCUUGUGACAACGUGGAACUUCUCAUGGCCAUUUGCAGCAGUGACUUUGUGGUGAAAGGAUCUAUCCAAAAUGUUUCCUACGAUUCAGAGAACCACAUGUCACAGGUUGAUGUCACCGUCCACAAAGUCUACAGGCAGAAAAACAGGAUUUUCCAGCAGGAUGAAGCAAGUGGUGAAUAGUGAGGCCCUAUCCAGACCCUGCUGCAAUGCAAGGUGAAGAAGGGAGGUGGAGAUUUCCUUUUCACUGGAAAUGAACACUUUGGUGAAGCUUGGCUGGGCUGUGCUCCUCGGUUUAAAGAUUUCAUGUUCAUUUACUGGGCUGCAAGGGAAAAAGGAGCCAACCCAUGUGAGUUCCAGCUCAACUGA